UCUACACCAGAUACGGAAAAUGUUACACUUUCAACGGGAACAAGUCGACGUCCAGGAAGACCAAGCAAGGUGGAAUGGGAAAUGGCCUGGAGAUUAUGUUGGAUAUUCAACAGGACGAGUAUCUCCCCAUCUGGAAAGAGACAAAUGAGACGUCGUUAGAGGCAGGGAUCCGCGUGCAGAUCCACAGCCAGGAUGAGCCUCCCUACAUCCACCAGCUGGGCUUCGGAGUCUCCCCGGGAUUCCAGACCUUUGUUUCAUGUCAGGAACAAAGGCUGACCUACCUGCCCCAGCCCUGGGGGAACUGCCGCUCCACCAGCGACCAGAUGAUCCCAGGAUACGACACCUACAGCAUCAGUGCCUGCCGCCUGCGCUGCGAGACCAGGGAGGUGCUCCGGGAGUGCAACUGCAGGAUGGUGCACAUGCCCGGAACUGCCGAUAUCUGCACUCCCAGUAACAUCAAGUGUGUUGACAAGGCGCUUGCCCUUCUCCAGAAGAGCACUGGGGACACCUGUCCCUGUGAGACACCAUGCAACCUGACCCGCUACGGCAAGGAACUCUCCAUGGUCAAGAUCCCCAGCAAGGGCUCCGCUCGCUACCUGUCCAGGAAGUACGACAAGUCUGAGGAGUAUAUCAGAGACAACUUUCUGGUGCUGGACAUCUUCUUCGAGGCUCUUAACUACGAAACAAUUGAACAAAAAAAAGCGUACGAUGUUGCAGGUUUACUAGGUGACAUUGGAGGCCAGAUGGGCUUGUUCAUUGGAGCCAGUAUUUUGACAAUCUUAGAAAUUUUGGAUUAUGUUUACGAGGUGAUCAAGCACAGGCUGCAGCGUCUGCUGAGGCCACAGAAGGAUGAGAAGAAACAACAGACGACCACGGUUGCAACUGUGGAUCUGCAAGAUAUGAAAGCCAGUAAGGAUUACAUCCCCCCAGAGGCAACUCCAAUUCCCAGGUCCCUCUCUCAUGAGGAACAAAAUUACUUCUCGAGUUCAUAUAAAAUCAUCCAAAAUCAUCCAUUUUCCCUAGAUGUAGCAAAAUCAUCUACAUGAAAUAUCUACCAUUACAUCAAAGGAGUCCAGUGAUAUGACCAUGACCAGAAGUCAUCCUGAAGGAGCUUACGCCAAUACGAUUCUACCGAACCACCAUCUCCCCCACCACCAAGGACAGCCACAUGGAGUGUUUGAGGACUUUGCCUGCUAGAGCCGGCGGCCAUCUUUCCAUCCUGAUGACAACAAAAGUUGUGUCCUCUCUGGGCUGGAUCGGGCAUCAAAACAGACCCUGGGACCUCAGUUCUAUACCUUUCUUGCUGUCACCAGUGAAAAAGCUACAGCCAAAGUUGAACACCAAACCUGUGCUGCAAACAGACCACUUGUAUGUAAGCACAGAUUGGACCCCACAUUACUGUCCAGCUGGAGACGCCCACCUUCAAUCUUCCUACAAUUGACAGCUGGCCACUCUGCGAUUUCUAUACUGGUUAUUUUGGUACAUGGUCACCACAUGGGAACAAGACAAGGACUGCAUGUCAUUUUGAGCCAUCUUGAUUCAUUUCUACUCAACUCCAGUAUCUUGAUUUGUGUACCUUUCUUAAUUUGUUAUUAUUAUUCUCAAUAAGUUCUCACUCAGCUCACUGUUUUUGAAUCAUUGUAAAAUAUGUCAUUAUUUGAUGAGAUAUAAUUUCCCCUUUAUAUUGUAUACAAGAUGAGUAUAAGACAGGUGGUCAUAUUCAAUCGAACCAUUAUACAGAGAUAUCAAACAAAAUCAGAGGAAUUACAUUGAUCUUUUGGCGUGUUAAAACCAUACUAUCCUCGCUUUGAUGAUAGGGCCCAUACUGCGUACCAGCUAUACACUAUUUAGUAUUUAUUAUGAUCCUCAUUAGCUGCUGCCAAGGUAGCAGCUACUCUUCCUGUGGUCCAAGCAGGGUUAAAACAAUUACAUCACAACCAAACACAACAGCCAAAAUCAUAAAUAAAACAAUGCAUCAUACAAUAUAUUACAUUAUUGCUCUUUUAUUACAAAUGUACAAUAUAAAAUCCACAAUACCACAUUACAAAUGUGUGUGUGAGUGUGUUAGAUUGUGUGUACGUGUUUGGGUCUCUUCACAGUCCUCGUUGUGCCAUGAGGUGUUGUUUUAUCUGAUUUUAGUGCUCGCUUGAGUUAUUUGGUGUGGAAGAGAGUUCCAUGUAGUUAUGGCUCUAUGUAGUACUGAGUUUCCCAGAGUCUGUUCUGGACUUCGGGACUGUGAAGAGACCCCUGGUGGCAUUUCUUGUGGGGUAUGUAUGGGUGUCUGAGCUGUGUAUUAGAUGUUUGAACAGACAGUUCGGUGCUUUCAACAAGUCAAUACCUCUCACAGAGGCAAGCAGUGAGGAGGUCAAUCUCUCCUCUACUUUGAGCCAGGAGAGAUUGACAUGUCUGGUUUAUGGGAAAGGUGUUUUAGAGAGUAGCAUUAUACAUUUACAUAGGUUCAACAUGAACACAGAGAGAAAGCACUGUUUUAAAUGGAUAAUGAUUAAUUUAAUUCAACACUAAUACUAAUUUUUGUAAUUGAUUUAUAUAUUUUAGAGAAGAUUAUUUAAAAAAAAAUAUAUAUAUAUAUAGCUGUUAUGAUUGUAGUAAUCACACUGACAUAUUUUUGUUUAUUAGCAAAACCAGUCAGAAAGAUGAUUGGAAUUGCCUUGCUCCAAGCAACAAAAUGCACAUAGAUAUGGUUAAUAUUACUGUCAUUAUUUUAAUUUUAUUUACUGACUUGGGCAUGGGUGAAGUUCUUACAACAAUUACGGUGUCCAUAUUGGGUCAUCAUUCAAAAAGGCAAUGAAUAGCAAGCAACAAGCUGUGCUGUGAAUCCCCUUGACAUGGUUGAAUCAGAAUACACACAAUUGAGCACAUUCCACAGUCUGUAGUAGCUGAGCGCCUCUAUUUAAAGAAAGGGCCAGAAGAGUCCUUUCCCAUAAAUCCCUGUUGGAAGCAAAGUUUGCUUCCAAAAUAAUUGCUUUAUGUCUCCUGCACAAUCUCUUGGCUUUGAUAGUGAAUUUGUUACAGUAAAAGUUUAUCCUGGACUAAAACUGCUGUCCACUCCAGUGUAGAACAGCCUCAGUGAAAGACCUAUCACUUUGACUACUGUCUGAAAAUCGACUGUAGGUAUACGAUUUUGUAUUUUGCUGGGUUAUUCAUUUAUACCUCACAUUACAGCACACAAUCACAUAAAUAGAUAAAGAUGUUUGAAUAACUAUUUAUUUUUAUUUUUAUUUUGCUUGUGAUCUUAGAAACGGCCGCAAUGGACCUUUUUAUCUCAAUAUCAAAUCAUUUGGAUAACAAUGAAGUACCUUCCUGUGAUUGUUUUAAAUUAAAAUGGUCAAAAAUGAAGAAAAAAGGAUCUUAGCAAAGAGACAUUUCUCAAUCAAGAAUUUAGCUAGGACUGUCUGGGAGUGGAGAGGGGGAAACUAGCGGUUAUUGGCAGAGAGGUUUGGUUCUUUCUUAUUAGUCUAUGAAGUAGGUGAUGUCACCAG